CGCCGGCUCUCGCUGGCUCUCAGGCGCCGCCGCGCUGCAGUGCUCAGAGAGCAGUGCCCGGGCUAGCAACUUUGUCGAGCGCCCAGCUCUCAGGUCCCUCUGCGACGCGCCACGGUCCUCGCCCGCGCCUCUGCCCGCUUCGCAAUGAGGGUCUUGGGUGGGCGCUGCGGGGCGCUCCUGGCGUGCCUCGCCCUAGUGCUUCCAGUCUCAGAGGCAAACUUUUUGUCAAAACAGCAUGCUUCACAAGUCCUCGUUCGGAGACGCCGUGCAAACUCUUUGCUUGAAGAAACCAAAAAGGGCAAUCUUGAAAGAGAAUGCAUUGAAGAACUGUGCAACAAAGAAGAAGCAAGGGAGGUCUUUGAAAACAAUCCCGAAACGGAUUAUUUUUAUCCAAAGUACUUAGCUUGUCUUGGUGCCUUCCGAGCUGGAUUGUUGUCUGCUGCACGACAGUCAACUAAUCCUUACCCUGACCUAAGGAGCUGUAUCAAUGCUAUUCCAGACCAGUGUAAUCCUCUGCCAUGCAAUGAAGAAGGAUAUGAGAGCUGCAAAGAUGGGCAAGCGUCAUUCACUUGCAUUUGUAAAUCAGGCUGGCAAGGAGAGAGGUGUGAUUUUGAUAUAAAUGAAUGCAAAGAUGCCUCAAAUCUAAAUGGAGGUUGCAGCCAGAUUUGUGAUAAUACACCUGGAAGUUACCACUGUUCCUGUAGAAGUGGUUUUAUAAUGCUUUCAAAUAAAAAAGACUGUAAAGAUAUAGAUGAAUGCUCCUUGAAGCCAAGUGUUUGUGGCACAGCUGUGUGCAAGAACUUCCCAGGAGACUUUGAAUGUGAAUGCCCUGAAGGUUACAGAUACAAUCCCAAAUCAGGAUCUUGUGAAGAUAUAGAUGAAUGCUCUGAGAACAUGUGUGCUCAACUUUGUGUCAAUUACCCUGGGAGCUACUCUUGUUAUUGUGAUGGGAAGAAAGGAUUCAAACUUGCCCAGGAUCAGAAGAGUUGUGAGGCAGUUCCAGUUUGCCUUCCUCUGAACCUUGACAAAAAUUAUGAAUUACUUUACUUGGCAGAGCAUUUUGCAGGGGUUGUCUUAUAUUUAAAAUUUCGUUUGCCAGAAAUCACCAGAUUUUCAGCUGAAUUUGAUUUCCGGACAUAUGAUUCAGAAGGUGUGAUACUGUUUGCAGAAUCUCUCGAUCACUCAGCUUGGCUCCUGAUUGCACUUCGUGAUGGAAAGAUUGAAAUUCAAUUUAAGAAUGAGCACACAACCAAAAUCACAACUGGAGGCAAUGUUAUUAAUAAUGGUAUAUGGAAUAUGGUGUCUGUGGAAGAAUUAGAACACAGUAUCAGUAUUAAAAUAGCUAAAGAAGCUGUGAUGAAUAUAAAUAAGCCAGGGUCCCUUUUUAAACCUACAAAUGGAUUUCGGGAAACCAAAAUAUACUUUGCAGGAUUACCUCGGAAAGUGGAAAAUUUGCUCAUCAAACCGAUUAACCCUCGUCUAGAUGGAUGUAUAAGAGGCUGGAAUUUGAUGAAUCAAGGAGCUUUAGGAGUAAAGGAAAUCAUUCAAGAAAAACAAAAUAAACAUUGCCUUGUCACUGUGGAGAAGGGUUCCUACUAUCCUGGUUCUGGAGUUGCUCAAUUUAGCAUAGACUAUAAUAACAUAACCAAUGCUGAGGAUUGGCAAGUGAAUGUGACCUUAGAUAUCCGCCCAUCCACAGGCACUGGUGUCAUGCUUGCCUUGGUUUCUGGUAACACAGUGCCCUUUGCCUUGUCCUUAGUGGACUCCAGCUCUGAAAAUUCUCAGGAUAUCAUAGUAUCUGUUGAAAAUGUGGUGAUAUCUCGAAUAGAGGCUGUAAGUCUAUGUUCCAGUCAACAAUCCCACCUGGAAUUCAAAGUCAAUAGAAACAAUUUGGAGCUGUGGACUCCACUUAAAAAAGAUAUAGUCUACUCUGAAGACCUUCAAAGUCAACUUACCAUCCUGGACAAAGCAAUGAAAGGAACGGUGGCCACAUACCUAGGUGGUAUUCCAGACGUUCCUUUCAGUGCCACACCAGUGAAUGCCUUUUACAAUGGCUGCAUGGAAGUGAAUAUCAAUGGUGUACAUUUGGAUCUGGAUGAAGCCAUUUCUAAACAUAAUGAUAUUAGAGCUCACUCAUGUCCAUCAAUCUGGAAAACAUGAAGAAUUCUUAAGUCAUCUUUUCUCUGCUGAUAAUAUAUCUCUUUUCUGAGUAUAAUUAUACUUAAGUCUCUGUAACAGCUGGCAGGUUUUACCUAUGAUGUGCAGUCUUUGAUUACUUUGUGGUACUUUGACCUUCUUGGAACUUUUAAAAGGUCUUUUUUCAAGAAAAAUUCUGUUGUGAUGUAAAUCACAUUAAAAAAUUCUUCUGUUGCUAUCUAGAAAUUAAAUAAUGAAACAAAAAUUUUAAAUUUUAAUUUUUUGCUACACGUGACAUUGCUUCACUUUUUGUAAAAUUCAAUUUAAUUAUCAUUGAACUAGUGUUUAAAUAUCUAUUUUUCUCAGAAGGCAGAGCAGUAAGCUCAAACAAAAAACGUGAUUAAAUACCAUUCACAAUAGGCAGCUACUAUUUUUUGUUAUUGUUCCUUUUUUUUUAUGAAGACAGAAGAGAUAGUGGCCUAUUGAGUGUGAAUCAAAUGGAAAGUCUUCAAACUUUAUUCCAUAAUAAUUCCUCAGGGGGACCAGCUUUGACUUCAUCUUUCUCUUACCUGAAUUCACAUUUGAACCAAUACCUUCACUGAUUUGAAAAUCAAGAGAGACAAAUUUUCAUGAGAGCAGCACAUGAAUAUUGCUUUUUGGAAUUGGAUUCUGAGGAUGAGACAUUAGAUUAUAUUGAAAUGGGUAUGCAAAUCUGGAAUGGGUACAUUCCUUAAAUUUGGCUGAAUAGGUCUACAAGUUCUAGAUUAGAAAAGACAGAAGUAUUUAGUCUUGAUAAGGAGAAUGAAUAAAUGUAGAAAUUCAUAGUUUUUCUUCUGGUCAACUUUUAAUUACAACAAUAAUUUGUUUAAAUGUGAUUGGUUGAGGGGAAAAAACCUAUGAAAGCUAGAAUAUAUUUUUAAUAAAAGGAUAAUCACAGAGCAAUAUAGUAAAUAUUAUGUCUUUGUAAUCAAAGAAGGAAGGGUAAGAUUGCCACAUACUUGGUGGGAAUGCAUUUCAAAUAACAAUUUUUUCACUCCUGAAUCUACCGUUCAUGUUGGAUGUGUAUCACAUGUUUCAUUGACAUUUUAGAAAAUAAAAUGUUUUUCACUAUAGAUAUUUUACAUCACAUAAAAUGUAAUAAAUUGAUGUAUAUUUUUAAAAAUAUGCAUGAAGAAUAUCUUUAUUCUAACAAUUAUACAUCCAAUUUUCAUGAAGCACAGUAGACCUUUAGUUGAAAGAUAGGUAAAGUUUAAAUAUUUGAUUAAUAGUUAUGAUUGGUUGUGGAACUCAGAAAGGGAAGAAAAGCAAAAGUAACAAUGAGUGUCUGACAUAUGACAGAAACUAUUACUAGAUCAUUUUACUGGGUGAAAUUUUCCUCCCAAUUGCCACCACAUGCUAUGGGUGAUGAAUAUAUUGACAAGUGACUAUUGAUAAUUAUGUUGUAUAAAAAAGCAAGGAAAGAUAAAAACUGAGGGAAAUAUGAGAAAAA